AUGCUCCCCAACUUCCUCGUCGCUCUCUUGGCCCUCACUCCCGCCGCCGCCGCAGCCGCCGCCGCCUCCGGCCCCGACUUCCGCACCCGCACCCGCGCCCUCGGCACCUUCGGCGUCCAGCGCCUCCGGCAAGUCUGCGGCCAGCCCGGCUGCUACACCGACCUCUUCGUCAACGGCAAGACCGACUACAUCCCCGGCGCGUGGUCCUUUGACGCCCACUGCCAGAUCCGCGACGAUGGCGCGUGGACGGCGUGCGACAGCCAGGUGCCGUACACGCCGCCGGGCCGCCUCUUCGUCAAGAUGGACGCGUGGAACAAGGCCUCCCAGACGUACACGCUCUGGUUCUCGGCGCAGUACAACGAGGGUGAUCGGGUGGUGAACGCGACGGCGCGCAUGGAGGUGGAGAGGCCGGUCGGCUGGGACGUGUCCCAGUGCAGGCAGAUGGAUGUUGUUUCGAAGGAAUACAUUUGA